AUGGACGUCACUUCGCUGUUGAAUGACGGUGCUGCGGCCGAGGCAGUUCAGAAGCAGGUUGAAGGAAACAGAAUACCAGGAAGAAACCGAACACCUUGGGAUGCCGGAGGAUAUGCGUUACCCUUGAAUACAAAGCGACCAUUAUCACCACCGUCAUCACAGCAGCAAAAUAUCUAUCAACCUGACGAUUCACAAAUCGACACACCGACCUCACCCAGACAUCGAUUUUCAGAUAGUCGAAGCAGUCUCUCAUCAUACGCCUCCUCAAUACACUCAGCGAACCAUUCGAGGUUUUCUUCAAUGUCAACAGUCAGCGGCUCUCAUUCACUUAAUACCAUCACCGCCGAGUUAUUCUCCCCGAAAUCAUUGCCAUUGAGCCCAUCGGGCGUCAAUUCUUCAGAUGGGUUGAUUAACGAGGCACAUUCAUUUAACACCCUAUCACUGAGCGAAAAUCUCGAAACCCUCUCCACUAUCUCCGAGCACCGGCAUUCACCUGAAGCUGAGCAAGAUUCGGUGGAAGAAAGCAAACAAAAGCUUGCCGUCACCGAGCACCCUCGACCAUCUUCACCAAGUGAUGCAAUUCUUAUCCGGCGGACUACAGUACCAUCUUUGAGAUUGGAUACUGGGGGUCAUGAAAUCAGUGGAGUUGACUUUCAGAGACAAGUUAACAGCAACUACUUGAGUGCGCCGAUAGAUCGCCACCACGAGUCGCUGCUCCACCUCAAGUCCCAUAAGCGUAGUGCUUCAGCUCCUGACUUUCAAGCAGCAAUGAACGAGUAUUCCACCAAAUCCGUCGGACCGCAAUCUGAGCCAACGCCUCCUUCUUCAUAUCAUCCUGACAAUGACUCGCCCACUACUCCUAUCGCUUACCCAGCUCCGGAUACACCUCCUGUACUCGAGGAGCCUGUUUCCGAUGUCGUUGUUUGCAUGUACAUUCCUAACUGUGACACGGGUUCCCAACCAAGAAAAGCGAUUUCGCACAUUUUCGGCCGUAACAAGAUGUGCACUCGUCUGAUUCCUGAUCACGUCUGGGUCCACUACUGCCGAAAACACUACCAACGAUCUCGCUAUCGAAAUCCAAAGGAAUAUGCCAAACUACAGUGCGACUUGGUACAACAACAAAUUCGCCGAAUUCAUGCUUGGUCAUUGGCAAAUCACUUGGCGGGUCGACCAGGAACUGUUCAUAAUUGGGGUCUAGCUCUUCGCAAGCGUGAACAACAACGAUUGGAAAACCUUGGUGGAAAGAGAAAGCGAAGUCUUAGCGUGGCUGGGUUCGACCACGAUAGUGACGGAGACAACGCUGGUGAUAAUGGGAUGGGAUCAACAGCAGAAGGUGGAGUUCCAGCUACUGCUGUUCCAAAAUGGAUAUUGGAGAAGAUGGGAAAAGGUUAUGAUACGAACGCAAUUCUUGCUAUUUUCCACCGUCUUCACACCGAGAUCCUUACGGAUGAGCUGCCUUGCUUCCCUGAUAUCGAAAUCCUUCCGAACAUCUGUGUCGAUGAUGCGAAUCCGAACACAAAAGAGGUGAAGGGUUACGCGAAGAGAAAUGGUGGUGCUCACAAGCGUUCCCGGUCACUUGGUGUUAUGGCCAAAUCAGAAUACUACUCUCCAAGCCCAUCCGGCAGAAGACCAAGUCAGCCUGGUUUCUGGCCCCCGGAGACUUCUCAGACUCAAAAGAGGCGUCGCCAAGGCGAAUUUGAGGAUAGCUCUCCAAUUGUGCCCAGCAAUACAUUCCCAAGGCGUAUGCAAGUUGCUCAACGACCCGUCUUCGCCAAUAUCGAGGAACAUCAAAUGUCUGAGAGUAAUUACCAUCAUGCUCCGACAUUUGAGCGUUCUGCAUCCUAUCAAGGCUAUCAAGCGCCUCUCCCUGCACCCACACCCCAAAGAUAUGCCCCUCAGUCCAUGGCUGCACAUUUAGAAAUUGAGCACGCUCGCCCAGUUCAACGCGGAAGACAACAUCAGCGUUCGCAAUCAGACAUGUCUGCUUUUGUCCAACACCGUUACUCUGUAUCGCCUUCUUAUCCGGUCAACAUGCCAUAUCCUGGAAGCAGCGCCUCCUCUGCAGGUGGUUCUUACUUCUCAAAUAUGCAUCAUGCACAUGAGGCGCCUAUUCAUGGACAGCAAUAUAAUCUACCUCAGCAGCGUAUGCAGCAGUCUCAUCGCGAGUACAGACCAGUUGGACUGCCUGCUAUGGGUCAUGCUAGACAUCAAAGCUCCCCAAUGGGCGCGGCUGGUGUCAUCAACGCGGCAUAUGGAAGACAGGGACAUCCAAUGAACUCAUUACCUCCCGUCGAUAUGAGACAUGAAAGUCCGAUUUACGAAGCACAACAAAUGCGACAUGCUUACCCAUCUCAUCGCUAA